CUGCUCUUUGCCCAUCCACACGACGCACCCACGUACCAACGUCGCAAGCACGUAUAGCCGCCUUCUCUCUCUUUCUCUCUCUUUAGCCAAAAAAGGGAAAGAAAACGACAAUACCGCUACCAUGCAUCUCAUGUACAUUGCCGACCCUGCGGAUCCCUCGAAGCGCAUCUACACGCUGAAGAAGAUCAUCAAUGGACAAGUCAGCAAGAGCGCGCAUCCUGCGCGCUUCUCGCCAGACGACAAGUACAGCAGGCACAGGGUUACCAUCAAGAAGCGCUAUGGGCUUUUGUUGACGCAGCAGAAGAACAAGGUUGCCGAGAAGGUCUAGUCACGAUAUGCAAGCCGAGAAUACAUAUAUACUCUCCACGGAAUUUCAGCACCAUGGUGUGUGAGCGCGAUGUGCAGAAAGAAGGAAGAACAGGGCUGCGAACGUGUAGAUGAGAAAGGCAGAUCCAGGGCGUUUAUGAGGCGUAAUGGGGCAAAAAAAAGGCCGCAAGAGGAUGUAUGGCCCGCCCACUUUGGCAGGAAUCUUCGUCAUCUUUUCAUUAUUUUUGGAAGUUCAUCUUCAGUGCUGCUUGUGGCAAUCCAGAAGACAAAUUUGUCUGAAAUGCAGUACUUCCUGACAUAUGCAUAUAUGCCCAGAUGAAGAGGGAAAUGUGACGACAGAUGUGCAGUGUUGCACUUCAACUCUAGCAAUGUAAAUUUCGCCUCGUCAUGCGAUAAUCCAUCAAGUCAAGAAGACCGCAAUUUUGGUAUUUAUAAGGCAUUGAUCU